UCCACUCAUACGUACACGCGAUCAUUAAAGCAUCUGAUCUAAAGAAAAGGGCUGUUGUUUUUGUUACACUGCUGAAGCACUCACUCUAGGAGCAAGAAAGAAAAUCUAUUUAAAUCUGCUUUGCCCUGUAAACGUGUGAGCAGCAUAUCUGUAGAAAGAAUAAAUCCAAUUAUAAAGGCGUCUCUUAGAGCGUCCCUUUUACUGUUAUUUUCUCGGAAAGCACACAUAAGGUUUUUUUUUUUUUCAUUCAGUACCGACCAGCAGAGUAGCCCAAAUGGAAAAAAGGCUUUGGUGAUGACUGGCAUAAAGCAAUGUUAUUUUUAAAGGUGUACUGCACAGCUCUGUUAGUUCUUUACGAAGUAAGGAAUGCCAUCUGAGCUCCUGCACAAAUGUUUCACUGGAGCAAGUGGAAAAAAAGGAUGGGAGCUAAUAGUUCUUCCAAGAGGCCAGUCUUUGAUGAAAAGGAGGAUGUGAAUUUUGACCAUUUCCAAAUUCUUCGGGCCAUUGGAAAAGGAAGCUUUGGGAAGGUCUGCAUUGUGCAGAAGAGAGACACCGAGAAGAUGUACGCUAUGAAGUAUAUGAACAAACAGCAGUGCAUUGAGAGAGACGAGGUCCGGAAUGUCUUUAGAGAGCUGGAGAUCCUACAAGAAAUUGAACAUGUAUUUUUAGUAAAUCUCUGGUACUCAUUCCAGGAUGAAGAAGACAUGUUCAUAGUUGUUGAUUUGCUCUUAGGCGGUGACCUGCGCUAUCAUUUACAGCAGAACAUCCAGUUUACAGAAGAAGCAGUCAAGCUGUACAUCUGUGAAAUGACCCUGGCUUUAGACUAUUUACAGAGUCAGCACAUAAUCCACAGGGAUCUCAAACCUGACAAUAUCCUUCUGGAUGAACAAGGCCAUGCACACCUCACUGACUUCAACAUAGCAACAAUAAUAAAAGAUGGUGAAAGAGCAACUGCUUUAGCUGGAACGAAACCAUAUAUGGCACCUGAAAUAUUCCACUCCUUUGUGAAUGGGGGCACUGGAUAUGCUUUCCAAGUGGACUGGUGGUCUCUUGGAGUCACCGCUUAUGAAGUUCUUCGGGGAUGGAGACCAUAUGAUAUCCAUUCCAAUAGCACAGUGGAGUCUCUGCUGCAGUUAUUCAGCACAGUGAGUGUGCAAUAUGCAUCCGUUUGGUCUAAAGACAUGGUGGCACUGCUGAGGAAGUUACUUACUGUGAACCCUGAGCACCGCUUCUCCUGCCUCACGGAUAUGCAGAGCUCUCCGCUCCUGUCAGACGUGAACUGGAAUGCUGUGUAUGAAAAGAAGGAGGAAGCUGGCUUUGUACCAAAUAAAGGCCGGCUUCAUUGUGAUCCUACCUUCGAACUUGAAGAGAUGAUCCUGGAGUCCAGACCCCUUCAUAAGAAGAAGAAGAGGCUAGCGAAGAACAAGUCAAGGGACAACAGCAAGGACAGCUCCCAGUCAGAAAAUGACUAUCUUCAGGAGUGUCUAGAGGUUGUUCAACAAGAAUUUAUGAUCUUCAAUAGAGAAAAGUUGAAAAGGGGACAGGAAGAGCUGAGUCAGUCGGAAUGCCAGCCGGAAGCUGAGGGAGCUGCUGCAGAUGACAGGGAGGCUGAGAGCUCCACUCUGAACAUGUGCAGCUCUGUGUGUUCAUCCACAAGCUAGAGCCAGAGUCACCUCCCUUUACCCAGGCUGCACUCUAGAAUAAUGUCCUUGCCGAUACAAUUCUCAGCCUUUCUUUUUGCAGCUGUUAUUGGAAUUAGCCAUGACUGCCUUUAAAUCUAACUUUGUAGCAACAACAAAAAAAAUAGUCUUUGAACAAUUAUGUUUGUGAGGUCAAAAGAGCAACAGCUCUCUAUGUAGCAUUGAGCAUGGUGGUGAAGCGGGCUUGCCAAGACACACAGGGCAUGGCCAACCUGAAACAUGUUAAUAAGAGCUCCAGGGUUCAAGAGAGACACUGUAGAAAACCUCUCUGUGUUCAGUAAUUAUUACCCACCUGUUUAGUUCAGUAUGGGUCAGAACAUUGGCAGGGGAAUUGCACAUGCCAGCAUAGAAGCCACUGGCGUGUUGCUCUUGUGUGUCAGUAAUCCAUAAUGUGUGUGCAUGGUCCCCUCUACGCGAGUUCGCUGUGAUUUACAGUCAGGACAUUUACAAAUCAGUGCCAUUUAUGUGCCCAUCUCGGAUGACUGUUGAAAAAAAAUUAUCUUGAUGAACUUGUAGCAUAUUAUAUAAAAUAAGUUCAAUACAGUAUUUUUAUUUAAAAAAUAAUAAUAAUAAAAAAAAAAAAAAAAUACCCCUUUUAAAUUAUUGGGUCCUAUUGCCGAAACUUUAAGGACAGUUUGAAGGAAUGUAUCAUUAAUGACUGUUUUUAAAAUGUUUUGCAUUAAUAUUAAUCAAGCCUGCCAUUCAUGAAAGUUGUUUCAGCUGUUUUAGAUCAUUUUUCAAAGCAACUCUUUAAUCUAUUAGAAGCACUCUUCAAAAAAAAAAAAAAAAAAAAAGUCCUUAAAGUUCUGUGACAAGGACCUUUUAAGGAAAUACUGUGCAACAUUGAUAUUUUGAAAAGUGGUGUUUGGUUUGCUUUUUGUAUAAAGUAAAUUCUAUUACUGUUGCACAUUAUUAUAUGCAGGCACUUUCUAAAAUCCCUUAUCAAUAGCAAUGUCUUAAUUCUUUGAUCCCAUAGAAAAGACAUAGGUCUAUAAAAUACUGCCUGUGAAAACGUUUUUGGUAGGGUGGAAAGGCGAAUAAGCUUUUAUUUGACUUACUUUGGCCACUAGAGUGAGCCAUGGAGUGUGAUGCUGUCAUCCAAUGAGAUCUACAUUUUAUGGUUCAUUGGUAGGGGUAAAAAAGAAAAUAAAAUCUAUACAGAGGUGUCUUCAUAACGCACACGAGUAGCUGGUUGCAGUCAACAGUAUAUGGAUGAUCUACAUGAAGAGUAUGCUUGAGUAAAGAAGGUCUGACCUUUCUCUGGGAUCAAAGAAUGACUAUUAAUUAUUAAUAACAUCUGGAUCUAAAGCUAUUUGGAGAUCUCUAAACUUGAUAUUGAUCUUACCUUUAUCAUGUCACACAUAUUUACAAUAUAAAGCUUCUUGUUUUUAGAACUUGGCGAUGGCUUAUUUAACUGGUUGUUUUUUUGGGUAGAAACGUUUCUACUGCUGUCAGAUCUCAGAUGACAGUAAUUGAAUAUUCUAUCAUUUCUAGAUAUUAUAUUAUUACAGCAACAGUAGUUUAAGUUAACUAAACAAGUUUGCUUGUUACCAAAAUCUGUCAGAGUUACCAUGGUGUGUUUAGUUAAUAUUAUAUUGCACUGCUCUUCAAGAGCUCACUUGGGUUAUAUAUAACUUUGUAUGUAAUACCAUAGUUAAUGUAUUGCUUAAAUAAAUCAACAAUCUGCUUUGUAAUCUUGUUAUAGAAAAGAUGGAAUUGGCUUUUUGCCAGCAAUCAGGUAGAUGGUGUUGUAGGUAAUGGUCUUGUUUAGUAUUGUUGAUCUCAGAUAGACCUCUCCCUUUGAAAUACAAAGGGUUUAUAUUCAAAUAUAACAUAACUUUGCUAAGAAAUGGAUAGUGCAACUUAGAAAUAAUCAGUCCUGAUUUUGGAUAAGUUGCAAAAAGUGUUUAAGGAGGUGUGAGCUGAUUAUUUCUGGAUUUUCAGGAUCACUCGGCAUCACGCACCUUAAAUUUCAAUCCUAACCACAUUAUAUGUAAAUAUUAAGAGCAUCAUUUUUCCUCCACAGUUUUAUGUGGAAAACAUUCUUAUAUAGGCUCAGCAAAUAAAGAUGUAUGAAGCCAAAUUUUCAUACAAUGUUGUUUUCAAACUUUUUCAAGUGUGCAGGCACAACUUGCAGGCAACAAACGCCAAAGCUUUUAUACCAUUUACAUAAUCAUUUCUAUGGAAAAUCAAGUAUGUGUCUGUCUUGUGGGCAGCAUAGCCAAUGAUUAUUUCUGCAAUAUAUAUACAUUUGCGUUUGUGCAAACCUGCAUGUAUUGUGAGAACCUUGAAAAGGGGUCAUGGAGAAUAUAAGAAGUUAACUUACACUACAAAAUGUAGUCUUUGUAAGAAAAUAGUUGUGGUUCAUACAAAACGAUGCCGUGAUCAGGAAAAGACUUAUAUGAAAAAGAGUUGACAGACUGUAUAAUUCAGUAAAAUACAGUUUAGCUGCACAAAUAAUGUCCCUUUUACAGUAUUUUACCUGCAAUCCGUUACUAGACAAAUCCUAUAUUGCAUGCAACAUUCACCAGAGAACAGUACAUUUCCUUGUAGUUGGGAAACUUUGAACUGGCAUUUUGGCAUGGCAUAGACAACUACAUUGUGCGCAUAUGAGCACAGACUUUAAUACAUUAUCUUGCAUAAUUAUAGAAAAGCCUACACAUUUAAUUCUCUGUCCAUCAGAGGUCAACUAGGUUUUUAAACACAUUGCUUACAACUUAUUUACAAUCUUCCCAAUGUAGUGUUGAGUAAGUGGCAUGGUAUUUAGAUAUUUACAGUUCAUUUUGGCAUCUUGUAUUAGUCUAUUUCAAACCAACACUAUUGGAAUAAAAGUACCUCUUAACUGAGAUUAAAUAACUAUAAGACAAUGAUGAUAUGCUGACAAUUUAGCAAUGCAAGGAAUGUAUGUACUUCAAUGUAAUUAUGUAAGUAUAUUUACUGUUUGUACUUUUAGUGCAUGACAGGGGUUGGUACUUGCAAUGUAAACAAUUUUUGAAAACAAUGUAUUUAUGUAGCAAUGAAUGUGAGAUUUUUAAUACUGAAACACACCAUAGAUACAGUUUAUAUAUAGACACACACACACACACACACACACACACACACACACACACACACACACACACACACACACACACACACACACACACACACACACACACACACAUUGAUAUCCUUGCUGUAAUGAGAAAAUAAACUAGCUCUUGUAACAUG